AAUUUAAAAUUAAUACCGUUCAAAAUCCCAAAACUUCUAGUGCAAUAAAAAAAAUAAAAAUUAUCACCAAUAUUAUUGAAUUCGAAUACAAAAAUUUCUACAGUCUAGCUAUGGAAGAAGACUCCGAUCUCCAGUUCAGCUUAGUUCCGCCUUCACUAGUCUCUCUCUCUCCUUUUUCUCCCAUUCCGACGCCGUCCUCUCGCCGUCUUUCGAGCCACUUUACUCCGAGCCGGGCUGUCCCGUCGGCUCGUAGACUGGCUUGGGUGUCUUUGCAAGGACGGCUUGUUCAUGCAGAAGAAGCCAGCUCGGCUAAAGCCAUUGGAGGUGGCUUGGGCCGAGAGGAAACUCUAGCUUGGGAGCUGUUUAGUCCCGUUCAAAGAAUUCUCAUUGUUGCAGUGAUCGGAGUUGCUGUUGCGGAUUCCAAAAAGAAUCGGAUUAUUUCUCAGCUCAAGAAAUCAGUGGAGCUUAGGGAUCAUGUGCUAUCAAGUAUGCAGCAGAAGCUAGAUGAUCUAUGUGAGCAGCUGAAUACCAUUAAGACAAAACCUGAGACCAAUACAUCAUUAAACAAGAAUGUAGAAUCAUUAUAUACUGAUCCCUUUGGCUGUGACAAAAUUACAUUUGUUGACUGUGGUUGUUGGCACUGUGAUCAUCACCAGAACCUUUUUGCUGAUCUAAUGGAUAACUCUGCGGUGAAAGUGUCUAGAGGGGAUGAAAUGUUGCAGUACAAGAAUCCUUUAGUAAAUGAGGCGGAACAAGAAGAGCGACGUAUGUCAGAUCUAUCGGAUUGGGCUUCCAGUGUUACCUCUGCUGCAGAUAUUCAGAUGAACGUAGCUGCAGUAGACUGCGAUAUCUACAAUCUCAAGAGAGAGUGCGAAGAGAAGGAUGCCGCCAUAAAGGAGCUGACUGUAGUUCUACAGUCGAGUAAUAUGGCAUGUUCAAAGAGAAAUGCGGAGCUGGAAGACAUUAUACGCAGGAAGAACUCAAUGAUUUCGAAACUUAAGAGGGACACACUAGUAUUGGAACAAAAGUUGGUGCACCUCACAAGGCUCCGGAGACCAUCCUCCUCUUUGUCUGUCACAGAAAGUUUGCAGCUUCCGCUUAUGGUGGAAAACAUUGUUUAUGAUAUGGACAAUAGUACUAGCGCUUCUUCAUCCGAUUCAGAUUCUUCUCCUGCGAAUAAAUCAUCAACUCCCAUUGUCAAAGACCGGGAGAGCCCUAGUACUAGUGACCCGUCCUCUUCAAAUUCCGAUAUCUCUCACGAUCAUCAAGCUCAGAAGAUACAUCUUCAGACAAGUGACAUUGCUCCACCAACAAACAGAAAAUCAGCACCAGCAAAGUCCUUCAGUUCGCUGGGAAGAUUCUCCGCACGGCAAACAGAGACUAGUUCAGCAAGUCCCCUCAAAGAGAUAUCAACAAAUGAAAAGUCCGGUAGACUUGGUUCCUUAAGAUCCAAGCAACUGUCAUCUAGUGGAGAGUUGAAGAAGAGCAGAAGGCGGGCUCAAAUUGUCUCUAAUGAUUCAGCUUCUAAGAAGAGAUGGUCCUAGCAGGUGUACCUCCUGAACUUAUCGCGCAACGAUUGGUCCAUAAUAUUAUUCGAAACAUCAUCUAUUCAGCCAUUAUCAUGAGGUACAUGAGUUGAUAACAAUCAUGGUUAUUGGUUGUUUAGCUUUCUGCAUAUGCACACUGACUGAAGUUUAGACAGAAGCAAAUGUAUGUUCAUUACAACAAGCUAUUAGAGCGCUCCCCUGAUAAUGGCGUCCUUGCGCCUGGCCGGACGAUAUGUAGGAGUAGAUCAUGUAGUAAGAACAGUUCUUUAAUUUAUAUAUUAUACUUAAAUGAAAUUGCAGAACUAGAAGAGUGGUUCUGACCGGAUCCAGAUUUAGUUUGAGCAAAUGGACAAUCUAGGCCUCGAACUUGUAUGUCGGGAUCAAAUGAAUCACUUUCAAAUUUUUUAGUCAAUUAGUCCCAGACUCUCUUAAUUUUGGUCAA